AAAUUGCUUAAUAUUUUGCCGGCUUAUCGACAGUGCGUUUAGCAGACAUUUUCUAAGUGUUUGUAUAGUUAAUGUUUAUUGUAGUUGAACGCAAUAAUAGUGACUGUUGUUAAUCAACAAUUCGAAAAAUUUGGCAUAUUUUAAAAUAAAAACCUGUCAUUCAAUGAAUCAUUACUCUCAUCAGUUCUUAUAACCUGCAUUUAACGAUAGCGUCAAUCAUUCUUGCAGUACGUAGACCAUACAUCUUUCUAGGAAGCCUGUUGUAUGUUUUUUUGAAAAUACAAUGGUGAUGGAAGAACAAGAAUCAGACAUGGAGCUUGCCUCGGAAAGUAUACCGGUUCCUCAAGUGCAGGAACCGAUUAUUGAUGCAAUUAAACGACAUAAGUCGAGUUCUUCGCGCAAUAAACCCAGACUAAGGAAGAAGGCGCUACACGCAUCGAUACUUAAGCUAAUGGAAUUCUAUUUCAGCGAUGCUAAUUUGACCAAGGAUCGUUAUUUAUCAGGACUUCUACAAAAUGGUCCCUAUGUGGAUCUUAGUGAAUUCAUAAAGUUUAAUAAGUUGAGCGAACUGACUACAGACAUAAACAGGAUAGCUAAGGCUUUGCAGGGGUCAACUAUGUUGAAAGUGUCGGAAGAUGGUACAAAGGUCUGCCGAACAACACCGAUUAAAAGGAAGGAAAAUGUAGAUGAGUGUACAGUUUAUGUACAAAACCUACCUCCGGAUGCUGACCAUGAAUGGUUGGAAUCUAUUUUUUCUAAAUAUGGACAUGUAGACUACAUCUCAAUUCCUCGUUACAAAAGCAAUAGGAAGAUAAAGGGGUUUGCAUUUGUGGAAUUUGAUACACCAACUAGUGCUCAAGAAUGUAUUAAGAUAUUCAGAAAAAAAGGAUGUGUUUUGCCAUCGUAUACAUCUCCCACUGAUUUAUUAAGUAUAACUACUUUUGAUGACCCUAAAAAGGAUCAUAUGAUAAUUGGAUCAAUCAAUGAAAAUGAUACUAAGAUAAAAUUGAAAGAUAAUAACAAAGAAGAGACAGAUGAAACUGAAAAUAAUGGUGAUGCUUGUGAUAAUGAAAUGGAUGUAGCAGAUAAUAAUGAUAGAUCAAGGAAAAAAAAAUUUUCUGCAGAAAAAUCAUUUGUUAAAGAAGAAAGCGACGUCAAAGUUAAGAAAAAAAGAAAAGAUGGAGCUAAUCAAAAUAUAGAUCGGGAGAAUGAAAAAGAAACGGCUUCAAAAGACGAAACUGAAGAUAAUGAUAAUGUCCACAAUGACAAGGAUAAUAAUAGUAAACAGAAUCUGAGAAAAAGGAAACUUACCGCAGGAAAGUCUGUUACAGAAACAGAAGACAAUGAUAACAGUCAUAAUAAUGAAAAGGAUAAUAGUAAGCAAAAUUUGAAAAAAAGAAAACUUACCUCAGGAAAGUCUGUUACAGAAACAGAUGACAAUGAUGACAGUCACAAUAAUGAAAAGGAUACGAUGGAUAAUAAGCAGAAUCUGAAGAAAAAAAAAUCUACUUCAGAAAAAUUUGUUACUGAUGAAAGUGACAACAAAGUCAAUAAUACUGGAAACAGUAAUAUAGAAAUUCAAGAAAAUCCGAAUAAAAAUAUCGCUAAUCGUAGCAAAACAGAAAAGAAAAAGAAAAAACUUACGAUAAACGAUACUGCAGAAGAUAUCAAUAAAGAAACGAUAAAGAAAGAUUCUUAUGGAUUAGAAACAAAGUCAAGUAAAAAUAAAGGAAAAGAAUCGGAAUAUUCAAGUAAAAGCGAUGGCGAACAUGAAUCAGAUGCUGCAUUACAAACGGAAAAACAUUCCGUGAUGACAAAUGUCAAUAUGAAAAGUGAUGUCGAAGAAAAAGAACUCGACGGUGAUGAAAGAAAGAAGAAAAGAAAUCGAAAAAAGAGGAGCAAAAUUCAAGAGGAUAUUGAUAAUGCUAUCGGAUUACAAGUGAUGGCAAAGCCGGAAUGGAAGCAUCUUAGAAAUCGAUACUUGGAAUUGCAAAGAACCAAGAUGUCCCAAUUAAAACAGCAUUUGAGAAAAGCUGAAGUGGAAAGAGGAGGAAUGAUGAGAAAGAGAUGGAAUUAUGAUAAAGCUGGACAGAAUUAUGAAAAAUACAAAUAUGAAAAGGAUAAUUAUGACAAAUCCAAACAUGAAAAGGAUAACGGAAAAGUUAACGAGGCAGAAAACUCAUCUUCUGGGCGUGUUAGUUACGCACCAGGAAUUAUAGUAAAAAUUGAAAUGGACGAACCUUGCACAGAUCCGCAGAGUUUCAAGAUGGAGUUGAGAGAUAAUAAUUCUAUAAAAUAUAUAGAUGUAACACAUGGCUCUUGUGAAGCCUAUGUAAGAUGCGAUACAUCGGAAGCUGCACAAUCUUUUGCUCAAAAGGAUUACGAAGGAAGACGUUUGAUGGUUUUAAAAGAUGAUGAAGAAAAGGGAUACUGGGAUAAAAUAGCACGAGAUCGAGAAGAAAAAUUCAGUAGAAAAGAUAGAAAGCACAGGGGACGUGACAAACUGUUGAAAAGGGCAGAAAAACAACUCGGAAAAUGUAUAAAAUUCGAUCAAGAUUGAUUUACGUUAUCUGAUGUUUUUUUUUAAUGAGCCAAUUUAUACAGAAACAAACAACAGAUUGGAAAAAUCGAUGAAAUAUUUGGGAAUAUUUGGAAUUAUUUUGUAUCUAUUAAGUUAUCAGAAAAUAUAAAGGCUUCUAGUUUUGAUUUAA